UGGAGUUCAGGCCUUCUAUUUCAGGAUCAUUCCCACAUAUAAGGAAACUCUUUUACCCAAGAUAUGCCAAGUAGAGGAUAGUUGUCAUGCCAUCAGUUUGCGAUUUACUGUCAUGAUAGAGUUUGAUCUCCGAAAGACAUUAUGGGCCAGGGCUAUUCCCUUACCACGCUUUCCGCUGGCUCUGCGGGCAUCGACGUCCCAGAGCUCGCGGACCUCGUAUACGAAAAGUCCUUGGGAACCGCCAGGUUCAUGAAGAGCAUUCGUGCUAGGCACAGAAAUGGUCUCGUUUUCGUUAAAGUGAUAAUGAAACCGUAUCCGAGCAUGAAAUUGGACCCAUAUGUCAAGGCCCUUCUACAUGAACGAGAUAUACUGGAAGAUGUUCCUAAUGCCCUAGGGUAUCAGCGGAUACUUGAGACCGGGACUGGUGGUUAUCUAGUUCGUCAAUAUAUCCACAGUUCACUAUACGAUCGUAUGAGCACACGCCCAUUCCUUGAGGAUAUCGAGAAGAAAUGGUUAGCUUACCAACUGCUUUCCGCCCUCCGCGAUUGCCAUUCCCAUGACGUUUACCACGGAGAUAUAAAAACGGAAAAUUUGCUUGUGACAUCCUGGAACUGGCUAUACUUGUCGGAUUUUUCGUCGUCAUUUAAGCCGACAUUCCUUCCAGAAGAUAAUCCGGCCGAUUUUUCAUUCUAUUUUGAUACCUCUGGCCGGCGGACAUGUUACUUGGCCCCCGAAAGAUUCCUCAUAGCCGGUGAAGAGCCAGAGAGUAGAGGAGUAAACUGGGCAAUGGACAUAUUUAGCGCUGGUUGCGUGAUUGCUGAGUUAUUUCUUGAGUCGCCAAUCUUUACGCUCAGUCAACUUUAUAAAUACCGAAAGGGGGAAUACGAUCCGGAACAUAGCCACCUGUCAAAGAUUGAAGAUCCAGAUAUAAGGGAUCUGAUUGUUCAUAUGAUCCGCGUCGACCCCGAAUCCAGGUACUCAGCGGAGGAAUGCCUCAAUUUCUGGCGCCACAAGGCAUUUCCUGAAUAUUUUUACAGUUUUCUUCACCAAUACAUGGGACUCAUUACUGACCCUUCGUCUGGUCGUGCCCGGCUUGAGCUUAGUCCCGGUGAUCUGCGAGAAGCUGAUGAACGAAUUAACAAAACCUUUUUGGAUUUUGACAAGAUAUCUUAUUUUCUUGGCGUUGAUGUCAAACCUGCUAUUGAUGGAUCAAAUCUUACUCUUCCAACACUUAACUAUCCUAUUUUCCCCCUUCAACUCGAUUUGCCGAACCAUGGCAAUCAACCUCUAACUUCUCAGUCAGAUUCGAAUGAUGGAACACUGAUAUUUCUCACACUUGUUGUUUCAAGUCUCCGAAAUACCGCCAAGGCCUCCGCUAGAGUGAAAGCCUGUGAUAUCCUGUUAGCUUUCGCUGAAAGGGUUCCUGACGAAGCGAAGCUCGACAGGAUUUUGCCUUUUGUGAUGUUUUUACUUACGGAUCGCUCAGAUUUGGUCAAAGUGGCUGCUAUUCGGACGCUGACCCAACUUCUAGCGAUGGUCCGGGUAGUUUCUCCAGUUAAUGCUUACAUCUUCCCGGAGUAUAUCUUUCCCCGCUUACAGCCCUUUGUACCUGGUCCCAAUUCAAAUCCUAGCCCUAUUGUUAGGGCGGCAUAUGCAUCCUGCAUCGCUUCACUUGCACAAACUUCCCUUCGGGUGCUAGAUAUGAUUCAGGCUUUGCGCUCAGAUAUACGCCUUGGGUCGCUUGUUCCUGAAAGCACAGAAAAAGGUUGGACCGAAGAUGUAUCUUAUCAUAAUCUCUAUGAUGUUGCUCGAAUUGAUCUCCUAGAAUUCUUCGAAACUCAUACGAAAGCUCUACUUACAGACAAUGAUGUUUCUGUUCGUCGUGCCUUCCUUGGAUCAGUCUCCAGUCUUUGUGUCUUCUUCGGCAAUCCGAAGGCAAAUGAGGUGAUUCUCAGUCACCUGAAUACGUAUUUGAAUGAUAAAGAUUGGAUACUCAAAUGUGCUUUUUUUGAGGCAGUGGUUGGAGUCGCAACAUAUGUAGGAAGCACAAGUUUGGAAGAGUUUAUUUUACCUCUCAUGGUCCAAUCUAUGACUGAUCCAGAAGAGUUCGUUGUGGAGAGAGUUCUUCGCUCUCUUGCUCGUAUGGCCAAACUGGGACUAUUUCAGCGAUCAACGACGUGGGACCUCCUCCAUAUUGCAGUACGAUUUUUUAUCCACCCUAGCAUAUGGAUACGCGAAGCGGCUGUCCAUUUUGUUGUCACUUCAACAACAUUCCUUUCUCCGGCCGAUACGUACUCCAUUAUAACACCUCUUGUUCGUCCCUUUCUCAAAACUAACACAACAAACAUCUCUGAAGUUCAGCUGUUGGACGCACUGAAAAAGCCACUCUCCAAGAGCGUAUACGAUAUGUUAUUGAUAUGGGUAACUAAAUCAGAGAAAGGUAUCUUUUGGAAGGCCGCUACUCGAGACGGGACGUUUGAUCUAGGCAGCCCACGUACGUCAAGUGCUGGAAAGAUAAGGCAGCGUGGCAGCAGUGGCUCAUCGAGCGCGAUCACAAAAAAUGACGAAGAUGAACAAUGGCUUUCUCGCUUAAGGAAUAUUGGUAUGACCCAGGAGGACGAAUUCAAAUUAUUAGCUCUCAAGGAAUACAUAUGGCGAGUUGCCACAAGACGAGCAAAGGAAGGAGAUACCAGCUCAAAUCCCGGCUUGUCCCACAUUAUAUCCUUAAGUCAGCACGGUGUUACUCUGCAAACGGUCUUUUUUGAAAAACAUCAAGACUUGCCACAACGACGGUCGUCGCCUGACAAAUCGAAAGCACCAGCUGGCGAAAGAAAAGUUCAUACAAUUGCUGAUGCACUUCUUGACGCUUCAACAACAAUUGAUUCCGUUCCUGGAUCGCGCCGUAAAAAUCUCAUACCAAGGGGCAGUGGGCGGAUGGAAAGUGGAAGUUCUCUUAGAGUGCAACUAAAUAUCCGAGACCCAGCUUCGCCUGAAUCGUUGUCACCGACCCCUCCAGUUGGAUCACAGGAUUCUUCAAGAUCCCAAUCAGAUGUGGAGCACAGGGAUGUCACUCAUCGACACCGACCACAACCUCCAUCGGCACGCGAUCGUUCAUUGAAGCGCAUCGAUCCUGACAACCUUUCGGUAGCCCUCCCAGGCGGUGAGGUCUAUCGCCGGCCUUCGGCUAUAAGCCUUCUCAACCGUAAUGAAACCGCAAAAGCGUAUGCCGAAACUUCCACCACGUCAACAAACGCCUUCGGAAAAGUAGACGCUCCCUUCCAAAGAGAACAGCACUUGCCGUCACCGCUUUCGAUGGCGUAUCACUCGAACCUUCCAGCAAAAGUACCACAACAAAAUCGCACAAACCACACAUAUCGCGGCAACGACCCGACAAUACUAAAACUUCUAGAUGCAGUAUUUGCUGAGAAUUACCCUAUAGACUUAUAUGAUUUCGGACCUACAGUUUCUCCGGUCAGCGCUCAUCAUCCUAUCAAGAAAGCCAGUUUCCAGUCGCCAGAUAAGCCUUGGAGGCCCCAAGGAAAUCUGGUUGCAAUGUUCGGUGAGCAUAGCGGAUCCAUCAACCGCGUUGUCGUUGCUCCAGAUCACGCAUUUUUCGUCACAGCGUCAGACGAUGGGACGCUGAAAAUAUGGGAUACCACAAGACUGGAAAAAAACGUAACUCCACGUUCCCGACAAACUCACCGUCACAACAGUGGUGCGAAAGUAAAAUGUGUUACCUUCAUUGAAAACACUCAUACCUUUGUCUCCGCAGCUACGGACGGGAGUAUUCAUGCCGUUAGGAUCGAUUAUCGUAAUAUCAAUGAUGCUGUUCGCUACGGCAAACCGCAAGUCGUCCGCGAAUAUAACCUGUCUUACCUUUCAAAUAUUGUUGGCGAAUACGCCGUUUGGAUGGAACAUUAUCGAUCUGAGGCCCAUUCAAUCCUUCUUAUUGCCACAAACAAGUGUCGAAUUUACGCACUAGAUCUAAAAACGAUGACCUUGUUGUACACCCUGGAAAAUGCAAUCCAUCAUGGAACUCCCACGACAUUCUGUUUGGACAGGAAGCAUAACUGGCUCCUUCUCGGUACAUCGCAUGGUAUCCUUGACCUCUGGGAUCUUCGGUUUCGCUUACGAGUGAAAUCAUGGGGCCUUCCCGCUGGAACCCCUAUUCAUAGGUUGCUUAUACACCCGCUUAAAGGACGAGGGAGGUGGGUAUGCGUAGUAGGAGGCAGCAGCGACGCUGAAAUUAUGGUAUGGGAUAUUGAUAAGGUUCAAUGCAGAGAGGUUUACCGGACAUCGUCGGCACCCGCCAAUAAGGCUAAUGCAGCUGACGACGUUCCCAACCCCAGCAUACGGAAAAAUAUCCACCUGGCAGCAGAUACUAGCUGGAAGAACUAUGAACCUUGGCGUGUUGAUGAAGAUCGCCCCGAAGGUAUGCUCGGGCGAUUUGCUGGCAAUCCUACGUCGCCUGCUGGCGUUGAGCCAAGUGCUGGAAAUGGGGCCAUCUUCCCUUCAUCUAGCAGCAGCGACUACGGUGGCAUCCGGGCCAUUGCAGUCGGUCUUGACGUACCUGAGAAUAGCCUGGAAGGAUCUAAAUGCGGAUUCUUAAUAUCUGGUGGAUCGGAUAGGAAAGUUCGCUUCUGGGAUACCACACAUCCGGAUGCUUCAAUGAUAAUUAGUGGAUUGGGAGUAGUGCCUGACGGGAUCGCCCAGAAACCACGAUACGACACAACACACCCUACUCCUUCAUUAUCCAUCACCACUGAGUGGGUGCCGAUGACUGCAACUUCUCCUAAUGGCGGUGGCAAAGGGCAGGGCUCUACAAAAAAGCGUGGGGACAAGGCUUCGAGUGCUGGACCCACUGCUUCCAGCCGUCCUCCCCGAAGUACGGUAAUCAGCCUACAACAGCAACAACUUUUGAAAAGUCAUCUUGACUCCAUUCUUGAUGUUGCCCUCUUGGAAGUUCCGUAUGGGAUGGCUAUCAGCGUCGAUCGUGGGGGAAUGGUAUACGUAUUUCAGUAG